UAUAUCCUGCGUAACCACGGCCCUCUCCUUCUCUCUCCCACCCCACGACGUUCCACUCGCUCGCAGACGCUGGACGACAUGUCACAUAGCACUCUGCUCUCCGUCGUUAUCACCAACCGCUAACUGCUCCAUCUUCCCCAUUCCAUUCGUUUAUCCUCUCAGUGAGACCGUGAGAAUGCGCUGGUCAACGUGUCUUAUCAGCGCUCUUCUCACCUGCACGGCGCCGCUGGUGGCGGCAACCAGGCUCAUUGAAUCAAACGCGUUGAACAUUUGUCAGAACAGCCCCAAUUUCACCGCCACUUACUUCAGCGUCCGCUUCACGCCCGGAAACAAAUCCCUGGCUCUCAGUUUCGAUGGCGUCGCUGCGAUUUCCGGCAAAGUCACAGCUGAUCUCUUAGUCGAUGUCUACGGCUACCAACUCACCGGCGAGACCCUGGAUCCUUGCAAGAUGGGUCUGCAGGGUCUCUGCCCCAUGAGCGCGGGGGCCAUCAAUGUUCAGAAUGCAGUCAUCAAUAUCCCAGAUGAUGUGGUGCACCGGAUUCCGGGUAUCGCAUACAGCGUGCCAGACCUUGAUGCCACCGUUCGUGUCUACAUUAAUUCCACUGACACCGGAUCGAGUAUCACCUGCCUCGAAGCGACAUUGUCCAAUGGAAAGACGGUCUACCAGAAAGGGGUCGGAUGGGCUACGGCGGUGAUUUCAGGUGUUGGGCUUAUCGCAUCCGCGGUGGCGGCGGGUCUGGGUAACUCCAACACGGCUGCCCACGUCGCUGCUAAUGUGCUUGCUUUUUUCAGCUUCAUGCAAUCCCAGGCCAUGUUUGGCAUGAUAUCGGUCCACAUGCCCCCGAUCGUGGAAGCUUGGACCCAGAAUUUGCAGUGGAGUAUGGGGAUUAUUCAUGUUCAUUUCCUGGACACGAUUUGCACCUGGUACCAACGAUCUACUGGCGGGAAGCCGUCUACUGUUUUAUCCGAGCUCUCUACGACGUCUGUGGAGGUGCUCAAACGAAAGCGAUCUUUUGACGGAAUCGGCAGUUUGGUCAAACGGGCAUAUGCGCAAUCGGAGACAGCCAACACUGAUACUUCUGUUGUGCGGGGCAUUGGUCGCGUGGGGUUCAAGGCCCAUAUUGAGGGCACCAAUAUUUUCCUCAAUGGCUUUAUCUUUUUCGUCUUCUUUGUGGCAGUGGUGAUGAUCCUCGUCGCAUCAGUCAAGGCGGGUGGCUACCUGCUUGUGAAGAAGGGGAAGGUUAGGGCCGACAAAGUUGGGGACUUUCAAGUGUCCAAAGGCAUUCUUUACCGACUUAUCUUCAUUGGAUUUCCCCAGAUGUGCGUUCUUUGCCUGUGGGAAUUUACUCGACACGAUUCGGCUGCCGAGGUCGUUCUGGCCGUGAUUAUGCUCGUUUCCAUGAUUUGCACCCUGGGCUGGGCUGCAUGUAGAGUCAUCAUUCUGGCAAGACGGUCUGUUACGUUGCACAGGAACCCAGCAUACAUUCUUUACUCCGACCAGGCAUGCCUGAACAAGCUGGGGUUCUUGUAUGUGCAUUACCGAGCAACUGCCUACUAUUUCCUUGUUUUCACCCUGGUCUAUACCUUUGUCAAAGCGAUGUUUAUCAGUCUGAGCCAACCGGCCCCGAUUGUGCAGACCGUGGCUCUGCUGAUUAUCGAGACGUCUGCCCUUAUUGGGAUCAGUAUUGUGCGUCCGUGGAUGGAUAAAAAGACGAACGGGUAUAACAUCGCCAUCGCAGCCAUUAAUUUUGUGAAUGCCAUCUUUCUGCUCUUCUUUUCGCAGAUUUUCGACCAGCCUGGCAUCGUGACGGGUGUGAUGGGGGUUAUUUUCUUCGUCUACAAUGCGGCCUUUGUGCUGAUUCUUCUUGUCCUCGUCCUUUUGACUUCAGCCUACGCCAUCUUCUCGAAGAACCCUGAUUUGCGCUACCAGCCUAUGCGGGACGACCGGGGAUCAUUUGUCAAAUCGCAAAGUCAGUUGGUCACGGAGCUGGUUGCGCUGGGCUCGACUGCUCGGGGAGAGGGGAACAAGGAAUGGAACAAAGCUAGUCUGCUGGACGAUAGUGGAUCCCUUGCCAGCGACGGGAUUCAUCGAAGUCAUCAGGAUGUGGUCCGUGAUAGCUUGCCUGCUCGCGAAAUGACCGAGUCACCAAUGACCAGGACGAGUUUACUCUCUAUCAGCCGAGGGAACAGCCCGGUCCAACGAACAACCUCACCCGCGGCAGAGGGCUUGAGCCAAAGUUUACUGAGUGACAGCGAUAAUGCGUCUGGUCAUAAACAUGCUGCAGAUACCCGAUGAUAUGCCAUUGUAUUUAAUCAAGUUUCUUACAUAGGUCUGGUUGUGUUUAGGCGUUUGCGGUCCAUCCUACUCUAGUCAUGUCAAAAGUCU